AUGGCCGGCAACAACAACAACCGAACUCCUGAUCCCUUCCAACUCGAUCCCCUCAUUCACGCUGCCACAGUUGACGGGCAGAAUCGACACCGACGGGAAGGACAACAGCCCACUGCUGACGGGCAAGGGAGGCCAAGGCACAAAAUCUCCCAACCCAACAGGAAUGAGCAAGCUCAAGUCCAGAACCACCGGAACGAGCAAGCUCAAAACAACAGGAACGAGCAAACUCUAAAUAACAGGAACGAGCUAGCUCAAGUCCAGAACAAUGAAGCUGACUCUAGAGACGGGCAACCCGCCUCUUCCUUCACUCAUACCUCCCAGAGGCAAGAGACCCAGUACGAGGAUGACCAAGAGCAAGUCGAUGUCCCCGAGGAUGUAGACCCCACAGCCAUCCUUUUACUCGCGGCCCUCAAAAAGACCAACCGCCUCAUCCAGCAACAAAGUGAGCGAGUUGACAGGCUAGAAAGGAAGCGACGAUCACAAUCUCCCCCGCGAAGGCAUUAUCGACCGUGUUCCUCCUCGUCCUCUCGCUCCCCACCAAGGAGGUAUCGCCGACGUUCACCCUCAUCUUCACGCUCUCCGCCCAAGAGGUACCGUCGCCAAAGGUCCUACUCGCGCUCCCCUCGGCGAAAGAUCAGGAAGAACCAGAAACCCGAGGUGGCAGAAACUGGAAGCCUCUCCCCCGAACAAGAUCAUCGGGGCCCCGCCAAGACCAUGGUGAAAGCCCGCGAACAUUACCCUCCCGAGGAAAAUCGCAAGGCUUCUGGAAAACCACAAGUAAAACCUCGGCGAAAACACAGCAACCGCGGAAGGCACUUAACUUCCCCCGGACCAAGCGACGAGGAAGACUUCUGCAACCCUUUGUCAAUGGAGAUCUGA